AUGGGAAAUGUUUAUACUGAUGCUAUAGCAACUCCAAAGAUUUUUGUUUAUCUAACCGGUUUAACACCAACAACAUUUGAAGAAGUCUAUCGUCAAUUUCAACGUGCAGCUGCUCAACGUUUACAAUCAACGAAAGCUCGUCCUCAUAUUAGAUUAAUCGAUCGAAAUCUUCUCUUCGUGUUGACUCAUUGGCUUCGAUGUUAUCCAACUUAUCCUGAACUAUGUAUACUAUUUGGUGUUAAUCGCACACAAAUUUGUCAUUCGUCGUUUUAUAUCUGA